GAUAAACUGUCUGAUUUUAACGCCUUAAAUCUGCCUUUACAGACAUUCUGGAGGCGAAACUCGACAGAUGAAGAGAUAAAAGGCCGAUGUUUCUGUUCGGAGCCGGAUUUUAAUAGAGAAUGAUGAAAGGUUAGGAGGGCUAAAGGUUAUUUGUGUGGAGGAAUUCGCUCUGAGCCGGUGAGCUGGGUUAGCUCGGGUAGCCCGAGUCGAUGAUGAAGUGAGCGGUGAAGCUGAGCUUCAAAGAAAAACAGGAAAACAUCAUUUUAAAGAAAUCAUGACUCAAAGUGAGAAGCUGGGGCACAAUGGAGACGAAGAAAUCAUCAGGGAGCUGUGUGUCUGUAAUGGAGUGUGCUUUGAGAAGGUUUCUCAGGAAGGGAGUGGGAUAACUGCUCUGGAGAUGUUUUUCUCCGGCUUUCCGCGGAUGGUGGGAUUCUCUCUUUUCCCCAGAUUGUCCAGGCUCACCAUCGUGGGUCAGAGCAUCACACAGAUCCAGAGCCUGGACAGCUGCCCUUCACUCAAAGAGCUUUGGGUGGUAGAGUGCCAGCUUAAGGAGAUCUCAGGUUUGGAGAACUGCUUGCAGCUGCAGAAGCUUUUUCUCUAUGACAACAAGAUCAGCAAGAUCAGCAGCCUAGAGCUUCUGAUAAACCUGCAGGUUCUCUGGCUCAACAGCAACUUCGUCUCUGAGAUUGAGGGUCUGAGCACGCUGGAGAACCUGAAGGAACUGAAUCUCGCUGAUAAUUUAAUCCAGAAUAUUGGACACAGUCUUGACCAAAAUACCAAUCUCCAAAUUCUCAAUCUCUCAGGAAACAGAUCAGCUCGUUUAAGGUACCUGACCUGGCUGACCCGUCUGAGUAAACUGAGAGAACUGAGCCUGAAGGAUCCGCAGUCCAGCCCAAACCCGGUGUGCGUGCUGUGUAACUAUUCCACACACAUCCUCUACCACAUCCCCGACCUGCACAGACUGGACUCACACGACGUCUCCAGCAAAACCAUCAAAGACGCUGCUGAGUCCACAGUGAUGAAGAAGAUGAUGUACUAUAACAUGCGUGUGCGAUACGUUCAGAGACGGUUUGAUGAGGCUGAAGCUAAACUGACGCAGCAGAAGAAGCAGCGAAUGCAGCGUCCAGAGGAGAGGAUCAAAACACUCAGCUACACACUUAAACACUUGGAGCUGGAAAUGUCAGAGAUGUUGGCUACAGGCAAGAAGGGGGUGUGUCCUGAGGGGGCGGGGCUUCACUGGGACCAAAACACGGAGCCUGUAGAGCCUGGACACAAGCAGAGAGUUCAACACAAACUGACCGCCAUCAGAGAGAGGAUUAAAACCUGGGAACAGAGAAUGGAGGAAGUGGAGGCGUGUUUCCAGCGAGACGUCACUCAGGCAUCAGACAGGAAGGAGCUGAUGACACACUUCCUGGUGAUGGAGUUGGAGACGGUGGGAAACAUUCGUUUUGAGGAGGGAAAUACCAGCGAUGCCUGGUUCAGCUCCUGUUAUGACCUCUUGCUCUCUCGUUUCUGUGUCUGGGAUUACAAACCCUACAACAUCACCGGCAUUAAGAUCAACCAGAUCAUGCGGGUCCAUAACCGCGCGCUCCGGCUGAGAUUCGAGGAUAAACUUCACUUCCUGCUGACCAGCGAUGAACCGCCAUUCUUCUCACAGAACUACAAGCGCUGCAUGGAGUAUCUGUUCUAUGUUCCUGAUCCUGAAAGAACCACAGAGACUAAUGAGGUCCUCCAUAUUCUGGAGAAUGGAUUCAAAUCAGCUGACAGCUAUAAGGUUCCGUGUGGAGACAGAGCGGUUCCUCUCUCCAACAGUCUGAGUGCGUGUGAGCAGCUGCAUAUGAGAUCCACUCAGAGAUCGGCCGCUAAACACGGAGCCAAAAACCCAGCGGACCCUCCGGCCCUCAUCCACGGUCAGCUGAUCGUGUGUAAAGUGUUUCUGGGUCACAGCGUUCCAGCGAUAGAUGGAGUGCCUGUGAGAUCUGACAUCUAUGCCAAAGCUCAGUCUGUCUACCGCAAGGCCAACACCAAACAACCCACCACCAGCCAGGAGACGCUGGGCAGAGUGUGUUCCUCCGACCUGCAGGGGCGCUGUGACUGCAGUCAGAGACAGACUGUGUGGUACAUUUUUGACCAUGAGCUCAUCCUCCCCGAGUACCUCAUUGACUUUGAGUACAUCACAGAGGAGAUGCCCCAGCUGUCUAGCCCCUGUGCCCCAGGCUCUGAUGUCCCUGUUGCCCCCGCUGAUGCUCCGUCACUGCCCUGUGAUGAUCAGGCUCUGGAUGAAGAAGCGCUGGCCCUGGAGCCCGUCCUCAAACCCCGACCCAAACUGCUCAGCCUGGACGAGAAAAGCAUCCUGACAGCAGCCAGAGCCAACGUCCUCAGCCAGAUCACUGUGCUGAAUCUCCAUGGUAACAGCCUGAGCAAGAUGAAGGAAAUUUCCUGUCUGACGGCGCUGCGCCACCUGACCAUCAGCUUUAACGAGUUCACUCACCUGGACGACAUCUCACACCUGCCCAAUCUGGAGUUCGUGGAUGCCAGUUUUAACCGGAUCGUGUCUCUGGAGGGUCUGCGGGGUCUCGGGCGUCUCACACAGCUGGACCUGCGCUGGAACCAACUGACCCGUGUGAGGGAUGAUGCAGCUGUCCUUCGCAAACACACACCGUCCCUGCUCCGUCUGGACACACGCCACAACCCCUGGACUACACAGGGUGAGCGUGUGCGGAUGGAGGUGUUGGGGCGGCUGAAGACUCUCACACACUUGAAUGGAGUGUUAGUUAUGGAGGAGGAGGCUGCCGCCGCACAGACCAGCACCCCCUCCAAAAUCAACACGGAGUGUCUCCUGGCUCACUCUCGUGUUGAGACUGAUCGUCCACGCUGUCUGAGUCUCCUGCCUGCAGCUCAGCUCCUGACACACCUGCAGCCUUCACCAUGGACACACACCACACCAGAGUGGACCAGCAAGAUCACAGCUCUGAAUCUGGACGGUCAGCGUCUGUCCCGCAUCACAAAUCUGGACAAGCUGGUGAACCUGCGCUGGGCUUCCUUUAAUAAAAACGAGCUGAGUCGCAUCGAGGGUCUGGAACACUGCCCCCUGCUGGAGGAGCUGUCUCUCAACCACAACAACAUCAGCAGCCUGGAUGGUGUGUGUAAGCUGCAGCGUUUGACGCGUCUGAGCGUUAACUGUAAUCAGCUGCAGUGUCUGGACGCCUCGGUGCUGGAACACCUGCCUAACCUCCACUUCCUGUCUGCCGAGAGAAACCGGAUCUCCUCCCUGCACGGGGUUCAGCGCUCACGCUCCCUGUUCGAACUUUACGUCGGCAACAACAACAUCAGCACCUCUCGGGACAUCUACCACCUGAAGGCGCUGACCAGCCUGAUCAUUCUGGACCUGUACGGGAACCCUUUAGUGGAGAAGUUGGAGCAUUAUCGCGUUUACGUGAUAUUUCAUCUGCCCUCGCUCAAAGCACUGGACGGCAUCGCUGUGGAGGUGUCUGAGUGUGAGAACGCGAAAGAUGUUUUCGGAGGCCGACUCACGCCGGACAUGGUGACUGAGAAACUGGGCCAUUCUAACUACAGAGAGAUGACUGACCUGGAGCUGACCGCCUGCGGCGUCAGGAUGGUGGAUCUCGUUCCUGCUGAUUUGUUUGUGAAUCUGCGCUGUGUUAAUUUGGAGCGAAACAAUCUCACCUCCUUCAGCGGCCUCAUCUAUCUACCCAACGUCAAGGCUUUGUGUCUGAACUACAACCACAUCGAGUCGAUUCUCCCACGUCAGAAAGCUCAGACUCACCUCAGCAGCCGACAGGUGCUCUACCAGAAAGUCCACUCCAGCGGAUACGGACAGCAGAACAGCAGAACCAGCAGGGAAGCCCUGUGUGACACUUUGGAGCCGCUGAUGUCCAGUUUGGAGGUUCUGCAUUUGAGCUACAACAGCAUUUCCAACCUGAGUGAACUUCAGCUCAGCAGACUGACCAACCUCAGAGCUCUGUUUCUACAAGGUAACGAUAUAGUGCAGGUGGAGGGUCUGGAGGGUCUGCGAUGUUUGCGGGAGUUGGUGCUGGACAGGAAUCGGUUGAGGUCUUUGAGCGUGAGCUCGUUCAGCUCUCAGGUUGCUCUGCUGGAGCUCCGUAUGUCAGAGAACCGCCUCCGUGACCUCAGCCACCUGCACUCGCUCGGCCAGCUGCGCUCGCUCCACCUGGACAACAACAAACUGCAGGACAUUGCAGAAUUGGAGAAACUGGAGGUUCUUCCAUCAUUAAUAGAGCUGUCUGUAGUGAGCAACCCGGUGGCUCGUCGCAGCCUCCACAGGCCAGUGUUGGUGCUGCGUCUCCCUGGCCUGCAGGUGCUGGAUGGUAUCCCGAUUACACUGGAGGAACGAACCAGAGCAGAGUUAAUGCUUACAGAGGGACAGUACCCCGUUCCUCCAGCAUUAGGCGUUGAAGUGGUGUUUCCUGGUUUAUCUCCGCUGAUCCGCGCCCCUGCCCGAGGCUCCAGCGGCCUUCAGCACGAAAUCCUUGUCACCGCUAACCUGGAGGAGACACACCACAGCAAUAAAUAUAAGAAGCAGCGAGCUGGAAGAUCUCACUCUCGCAGCGCGCAGAGCGACGGCCGACACAGAGCCGGACUCAACGGCCACAGAAUCUACAUCGGCUACCCUACUGACCCCGACAGCAGGUUCCACAUUCACGGUGGACCCAAACCUCCCCCGCUGUAACACGCCGUGAAGUUUGGAGCUGUGAUCUUUGUGGUUUUCAUCCUGAACUUUGUGCAUUUCUGUAAAAAAAAUUGU